AAUGUCAUUGAAAGCGAGGUAGAAAUAUCCCAAAGUACGCACCAGUAAUUUAUCCAUAAUAUUUACUUGCUCCUUCACCAUCUCAUCUACUUCUUCUGCAUCUCAAAUCGCAAAUAUAUAUAUCAUAUAAUACAGAAGGAAACAGUCAGAAGCAACAAGCCAUGGACUGGUUCUCCUGGUUAUCCAAAACUGACCUCGAGCCUUCACUUACUUACGAAUAUGGCCUCGCUUUUGCUCGCAAUGAGCUCCAAGAAGAGGAUGUGGUUCAUUUCAAUCACGAAUUCCUCCAGAGUAUGGGCAUCUCUGUGGCCAAACACAGGCUUGAGAUCCUCAAGCUUGCUAAGAAGGAAAGUGGGGAGCGGCACAAUACUCUUUCCGGUCUUCUUCAGGCCAUCAGCAAAGCCAAGAGGAGCUUCGCCAAGUGUGUUACCAAAUUGGCUUUUCAUGGGGAUUCAGCUCGUUCACCGCUUCCGAUUUCGACUUCUUGCCAGGGUUCAUGGAGGGGGGUAUUGUCAAGGAAGCAUGACAGUUCGAUGGAGCUCAAGCAAGGGGCGCUGCUGCUCACGGAUGGGACCAGCGCAAAAGCAUCUGGGCCUUCCGAUGAGAGGAAGUUGCUGCCAAUUACGAGACCAAGCUUAUCUGGGCCUUUGAAUGUGAGGGUCAUGCAAGAUAGGAUGCUCACAAAUGGCAGCCCAAGGUUAUCUGGGCCUAUUAAUGGAAGGAUCAUGCAGGAUAGAAUGCUCACAAACGGGAGCCCAAGAUUGUCUCGGCCCCUGGAUGCGACAAGCAGGAGCCCAAGGUUAUCAGGGCCUCUGGACCGAAGGGUACAUGACAGAUCGCGGUUCACAAAUAGAAGCCCAAACCUAUCUGGGCCACUGGAUGGAAGGGCCCAAGAGAGGAUGCCCAGUAUUGCAAACAGAAGCCCAAUAGUGUCUAGGGCUGUGGAUGGAAGAGCCCAAGAGAUAUUGAGGACCCCUUAUAGGGGAAGAAGCGUAUCCGGGCCUCAGGAUGGAAGGAUGCCAGAGGGGAACCGGCCAAACAGGAGCCCAAGGCUAUCGGGGCCUCUGGAGGGAAGGGCCAUGGGCCUCGACAAGGAAAAGAUUGAAGGAGUAGAUGGAUAUGAUUCAAUAUGGGCGACCAUGUUUCAAGAUAUGAAGCCCACUUGAAGCGUGCACUUUCUCUAGUCAGCAAUUUUUGAAGGGUUUUUCGUAAGAAUGACAGCGUUUGUAAAUUGAAGAAGAUUAGGUUUUUGGAGGGUGGUGCACUAGUGCCACAUGGCUUCUGAUUUUCCUACGCAAAAAAAUCAAAUGAAGCUACAACUUCUAGUGUGAGAUUGAGUUUUUUUGGAUUAGUCAAUCUUGUUUUGUACUCCCAUGCUUUAACAUCAUUGUUUAUGCGAUCCAAUUGUUGAAAAUUAUGUGCACGAGACAGUGUUUGGUUUCGCUGAGCCUACACUCCUUCAAUUCACUGAGUUUAGGGGGUCUUGUUGGUGCCAAAAAUGAAAUUUACUUGUUUUUCUGAAGUUUCA